AUGUAUCAGAAGGAUCUCCCGGCCCACCACGAUCUCAUGAAUUGCUGGCCCAAUAGCCUACCACGCGUCUUGAUCAUAGGUAUGUUGGCUCAUGUCAUCAUGAAAAGAAGAAGAAGAAGAAACCCGGCAAAACAGAAUAAUAAAGGCCCAGACUCCAGAGGAAGAGAGGAGAGACAUGAAUGAUGAUGAUGGGCUCGAUCAUUGCAAAGCGUGCUCGUCUUCUUCAUGAGUCACCCACCAGGCACCAGUUGAUGCUGUCUGUAUUGCAAUUGGUCUCCAGUCAGAAACUCAGAAAUCAGAAUCCUCCCCGCAUGAAUCCUACCGAACACGCCCCAUUUUGGGUCUGUGGAAUAUCAUUAUUUUAAGGAAAGCUUAGUUGUUUUUCCGGUGGUGGGUGGUUGUUGGUGUUGUUUUCCAUAUGUGUGGGUGGCAAUUGGCAUCCCCCACAUUCACAGGCAGUCGUCACAGCAUCACAGGACACAGCUCAGUGAGCCCCACAUCACUCAAAACAACUCUAUUACUCUUCGUUCGCCUUCCCGGGUCGCGUCGUGAUCAGUGCGUCAGUUUUCUUUUCGAACAGAACAGAGGAGCGAAGGAAUAACCCUUCUUUUUUUUUUUUUUUUUUUAAAUUUCCGAUUCCCGUGGUGUUGGCUGAUGACUGCCAUUGUUGGAUGCUGUUGGUGCUGCCUUUUUACGAACACUUGGAUCGCAUAGCUGUAAAGGUCAUCACCCCCCCUCUCCACUCCUGCGACUAGGACUAUGUCACUUUGUUCGCUCUCUCCUCUGUUAUCAAUCUCGCGUCUUUUCUCUCUUCCGUUUUUUCGAGCUCUACUCCUUAGUCCUUGCUUCUUACUUCCAUUUUGAAUAAAGCUUCUUACUUCCGUUUUUCGAUCUCUCUUCCGUUAUCAAUCUCACGUCUUCUCUCUCUCUCUCGAUCAUGGCUCGGAUUGCGAAGGUUUGUGCAUUCCAUCGCGAGGGAAACGAAUGGUUUUGUAAUGCUGGUCUACCAAGUGAUAUUACUGUUGAAGUAGAUGGUAUAUGCUUCCAUCUCCAUAAGUUUCCUCUUGUGUCAAAGUGUGGGAAGAUUGCAAAACUAUUAGAAGAAUCUCAGAAUAAGCAUGAGCAUACUUUCUACACCACUUUAAGUGAAUUUCCUGGUGGACCUGACAUGUUUUUGGCUGCUGCCAAAUUCUGCUAUGGGGCCAGGGUGGAAUUGACACCAAGGAACAUAGUGAUGUUGUAUUAUGCAGCAGAUUAUCUUGAAAUGACAGAGGAAUAUGGAGAUGAAAACUUAUUACCCAAGUGUGAUAGUUUCUUCCACAAGAAUGUCCUUCAUAACUGGAAAGAUUGUAUUCUGGCUCUUCAAAGUUCUGAUCCCGCUAUUUUAGGAGCUGAAAAGCUACAAGUUUUGAGCAAAUCCCUGAAUUCUCUAUCUAUGAUGGCUUGUACAGAUCCAAGUCUGUUUGGAUGGCCCAUGAUGAUGUAUGGUACCUUACAGAGCCCUGGUGGAAGCAUCCUUUGGAAUGGUAUCAACACUGGGGCAAGAAUCAGAAGCUCAGAGUCUGACUGGUGGUUUGAAGAUGUCUCGUACUUCAGUGUGCCUUUGUUUGAGAAACUUAUUGAAACAAUGAAAGCAAGAGGCAUGAGACCUGAAAAUCUAGCUGGUGCAAUUAUAUAUUAUGCAAGAAAGUAUCUACCAGGUCUCAGCCGAUGGCAAAGUGGACAAAGCGGGAAAAGUAGAACUGUUGCAAGUUUUAGCAUGAUUCCUGCCACCGUUGAUCAGAGGGAUCUACUGGAAAGCAUUGAAAAAUUGCUUCCUGACAAGAAGGGGAAAUCGUUUUGCCGUUUCUUGUUGGGGCUUCUACGGGUUGCAAUGAUACUUGAUGUUAGUCAAUCAUGCAAGGACUCCUUGGAGAGGAGAGUGGGCAUGCAAUUAGAUCUAGCAACCCUAGAUGGUCUUCUAAUUCCCACUUAUGCAGAUUCUGAUACUUUAUACAACACUGAUUGCGUAGAACGGAUUAUCCAGCAUUUUUUGUCGUCAGAUUCAAAUAUAACAUGGUUUUCUCCAUCAUCUUUUGACCUAGAAACAUCACCGUUAUCAGGUCCACUAAGAAAGGUUUCAAAACUGGUAGACAGCUAUAUUGCAGAGGUUGCUGCUGACGUAAACUUGAAACCUGAUAAAAUACGGUCUCUUGUGGAGGCUCUUCCAGAAUCUUCAAGGUCCUUGCAUGAUGGACUAUAUCGAGCAUUGGAUAUCUAUUUUAAGGCACACCCUUGGCUUUCAGACAAUCAGAAGGAGCAACUCUGCAGCAUGAUUGACUACCAGAAGCUCUCAAUUGAUGCAUGUGCACACGCAUCUCAAAAUGAGCGCUUGCCACUUAGAGUCAUUCUUCAAGUCCUGUUCUUUGAGCAGUUACAAUUGAGAACUGCCCUUGCUGGUUGUCUCCAUGUCUUGGACAAUGAAAGUGCUCCUGCAGGCCCUGCUACUGAAGACAUGGCAAGCCAGAUUGUGCAAAGAAAUGGAUGGGUUACAGUUGUCCGUGAGAAUCAAGUUUUGAGAGUUGACAUGGAGAAGACGAGGGCCAAGGUUGGAGAGCUUGAGCAAGAAUUUGGGAGAAUAAAGCAAGAGAUGCAAAGGGUGGCUAAAUCGUGCAGCUCUCUCAGUUCCCCUCAUUUGGUGGCAAAGGGAAUUGGAUGCAAGCGUCUAGAACGAUCAUCAGAUGCACAAACAGAAAUGAUUGAAAGUGUGAUUCCUAGCCCAGUGGCAUCUGUUGAGCACUCACGACCUUCUGACAAUUUAAGACACCGCAAAAGCUUCUCUUUAUUCUGAUUAAAGGAACACUAAAAGACCAAGUUGUAUGUUGAUUCUUUAGAGAUUUUUAUGGUGUGAAUACUUAAAGGUGGGAAGAUGUGAAGAAAUUAUUAUUUACUGUGCAGCAGAAAGGCAAAACCGAUGGAGUUGGGAACUGUUUUUUGGUGCUUGAGUAAUUCUCUGUGCUGAAAUGUUGAUUUGGCCAUCCUAGUGAAUGUUCCUGCCUUCUUUGGUUGAUCAGGAGAGCAUGUAACCUAUCCAGAUAAAAAUUAUGGAUCGAGUGUUUUGUUCAUCAAAUCUCCAAGCCCCAAUAUAUAUGAUAUGCAUGGAUCACAUGUAGUAGGGUCAACUUUCCACUUGAUGCAAGGAUUCUUCUAAAUCUUCUUAGAAUGGAGCCUGCAAAGAUGAGCUAUGUUACUAUAUUAGAGAACACGCUCAUUUCUGGACAGCAUGAUAAAUUGUGAGGUUUUGCUGUCCAUUGGUGAGCGUCAACUAUAUCCAGAUGAAUUAUCACAUUAUGAUGGGGCUUAGUGCAAAAAUAACAGUAAAAUUGUAAUUGCUACAGGUAUACAAGUGAUUGAUUUAUAAUACAUUGGUAUACAGCCUUAUGAAACAAGAUAAUGCUUCAGAAUUAUUGGGGGUCAGGAAAAGAUGUUAGACUCCCUUUAUUUUAAAGUUUAAA